AUGGAGAUGGUAGAAAUCGGUCGGGGGCGAAGAUUUCGGAAGAGGAGUAGCGACAACGAGAGGAAGAAGGCUAAUUUGCUCAAUUUUUAUUUUCUUUUUGUUCUAGGGUUUCAGAAAGUGUGGGUCGAGGUUGUCGAGCCAGAGCAGCGCAGAAGAGGCAAUCAACGAGAGGGGUUUCUUUCGGAAUGUAAACUAAAAUGGUUUAAGUAUUUCAAGAAUUUCUGUGUGGUGUUUCUAGUUGUUCAGUCAUCAACUGAGUCAUACUUGUCACAUGUCAUAUGGCAUUUAGGCGAACAGGAUAUCGUGGUUGAUACGUGA